AUGCCUGUGUCAAGCGACAGCCGCGGCAAUUCCGUCUUUCAUGGCGAUGUUAAUAGUCCAGGCCGUUCAUUGACGAGUUCGCCAGGCUCGGCGAGUCGCCUUGGUCGCGCUGCCUCCUGGCAUGAGCGGCCCAAUUUGGACUCUCGGUUUCCCAGUUUUCAUGCGCUCAGUGAAACGCCGGUUUCUACGGUGCCGUCGUCCCCUCGGAUCAAGCCCAGGCUGCAGAAGAAGCGUUCGGUGACGAUGAGCAUUCCAGGUCAGACGUUUACCAAGCUUAACCAAAGUUCCUCGGCCAGUUCUGUAGAAUACGCCGACGACAAACUCGUGGUAGUUAUGGUUGGGCUCCCCGCGCGGGGAAAAUCCUAUAUUGUGAAUAAACUCGUCCGCUACUACAAUUGGCUUCAAUACAGUUGCAAGGCAUUUAACGCCGGUAAUUUGCGCCGAAAACAGCAGGCUCACGACUCUAGUGCGGCAUUUUUUGAUCCCACUGUGCCGGCGAAUGCACGGCUACUCGACGAGUAUGCCAGUCAGACUUUGGAGGCUUUGAUUCACUGGCUCCAGCACGAAAACGGCAUUGUGGGUAUUUUUGAUGCGACAAACUCGACCCUAGAACGCAGAAAAUCUAUUGUCGAACGGCUGCAGGACUUGCCGUACGUAACCGUUCUUUUCAUCGAGUCUGUAUGUUCAGAUGAGCAGCUUCUCGCAUCCAACAUGAUGCUCAAGUUGCGUGGACCAGACUACAAGGGGAAGGAUCCGCAACAGUCGUUGCUGGAUUUCCAGAACCGGGUUCGUAUGUACGAGAAGAAAUACGAACCUCUGGGCGAAAAGGAAGAAAAUUUAAAUUACCGCUACAUUAAAGUUAUCAACGUUGGUAAAAAGGUUGUUGCCUACAACAUUCAGGGCUUCCUAACGGGUCAGGCCGUCUUUUUCCUACUUAACUUCAAUCUGUCACCUCGACAAAUUUGGCUCACACGACAUGGUGAGUCGGAGGACAACGUGAAGGGUCGCAUCGGCGGUGAUGCUCCAUUAACUCCUCUUGGUCUCCAGUUCCGUGAAGACCUGGCCAAGUUUAUUGCGGAACAGCGGAUCUUGUUCCAAGAACGUUUACACAUCGCCCAACUUCAAAAGUCAGACAUGUUGCAAGGUGCUGCGAUAGCAGCCGGAGAAUCGUCUGAGACGGCAGCAACUGCUGCCACGUCUGUCGUGGCUGCUGCUGCUGUUCCCUCUGACGACUUCACGUCUGACCCUGAUCAUGAUCACGAUCAGUCGAACUCAUGUUAUGAUGAUGGGUUUCUCAAGCCCUUCAGUGUCUGGUCGUCGAUGAUGAAACGCAGUCUGCAAACGGCUGCUGCUUUUGACGAAGAUGCGUACGAUGUGAAGGCGAUGAAGAUGCUUGAUGAAAUCUGUUCGGGCAUGUGUGAGGGUAUGACUUACAAGGAAAUACGCACUCAGUAUCCCGCCGAGUAUGAAGCUCGCAAACACGACAAACUACAGUACCGUUACCCAGGAUCUGGCGGCGAGAGCUAUCUUGAUGUGAUUUAUCGUCUCCAGAGUGUCAUUGUGGAAAUCGAACGUCUACAGCACCAUGUCCUCAUCAUCGGACACAGAGUCAUUAUGCGGAUCAUCCUUGCCUAUUUUCUUGGCUGUGGCCGAGAGGACAUUGCGUAUCUCAACGUGCCGUUACACACCGUUUAUUGUAUAGAGCCUCGACCUUACGGAACUGACACUUACCAGUACAACUAUGAUCCCGUCAAUCGUCGUUUCGUCCAGGUUCCGUUCUCCGUCGUGAACAAAGCCCACGAUGCUUUUGAGGAGCUGUAA